CGGAGACCUGUUCCCUGCGUUCAGGAGCGUGUGCGUUCUCUGUACAGUCACAUAUACGACGGCUUACCAAUUGUUUUUGUUGUUUUUCCCCCACAUAUUUGUAUAAUUACCAUUUAUCAUUUUGAAGCUAUAUAUAUAUAUAUAUAUAUAUAUAUAUAUAUAUAUAUAUAUAUAUAUAUAUAUAUAUAUAUAUAUAUAUAUUCUGGACUCGUGCGUGUUUGGUGGCAGCGUCGAAACAAAGCAUUUGCACACAAAACUAAUGCAAAUGGACUGCAACGAGAAACCUAGCUUUUCGAGAAAGGAUUCGCCUGCGUUCCACUGAAAGUAAAGGAGAUGCUUAUGGGAACGCCUUAUUCCUUAUCUAUAAGGACUUCUCUGGCAGACGCUCCAUCAUGACCGAUGGCGAAGGGAGAGAGCGCUUUCAAUACCUGGAGAGUGGCGAGGUGAGAGUUCCGGUGUCGGUAUUGUACCAGGCGCACGGUCAUGGCCAAGCUUUUGGGGAUGAGGAGAAAGGCAGUACAUGGGGCCCAGAUGUCUUUGAAGGCUCUAACAGCUCUGAAACCCGGGCAUCAGCUGAUGGUAGUGGUGGUGGAGGUGAUGCUCCUGCUCCGGAUGGUGCGUCUGAGGAGCAGGAGCAACAGCCGUACCCUGCGCUCGCGCCUAUCGUCUUCUUCUGCAUCAAACAGACCACGCGGCCGCGAAGCUGGUGCCUCCGGGUGGUUUGUAACCCCUGGUUCGAGCAUGUAAGCAUGCUGGUUAUACUUCUAAACUGUGUGACCCUGGGCAUGUUCCAGCCCUGCGAGGACGUCACAUGCCAGUCUGAGUGGUGUGUCAUCCUUCAGGUAAGCACUGCAUUUGAUGACUGCAUCUUUGCCUUUUUCGCUGUGGAGAUGGUUAUCAAGAUGAUGGCUUUGGGGAUUUUUGGAUCUAAGUGUUACCUUGGAGACACAUGGAACCGCCUGGACUUCUUCAUUGUCAUGGCUGGGAUGAUGGAGUAUUCAUUGGAUGGUCACAAUGCUAGCCUGUCAGCCAUCCGGACUGUGCGUGUGCUCAGGCCUCUACGAGCCAUCAACAGAGUCCCCAGUAUGAGGAUACUUGUAACUCUGCUCCUAGAUACUCUGCCUAUGUUAGGCAAUGUCCUCCUCCUGUGCUUUUUUGUGUUCUUUAUAUUUGGCAUUGUUGGGGUGCAGCUUUGGGCUGGUCUUCUAAGGAACAGGUGUUUCCUGGAAAACAACGCGAAGGAUUUGUAUAAUCUGUCCUUCAUGAGUCCAUAUUACAUGCAUGAGGAUGGGGAGGAAAACCCAUUUAUCUGCUCCACAAUAAUUAACGGCAUGCUCAAGUGCACCGACGUGCCCCAUCACAAGGAGGGUGAGAUGGAGUGCAAUCUAAAUGCAUCCCUUGGACACAGCUUAUCUGGCCCUGAUACCAGGAACGGUUGCGUAAACUGGAACCAGUACUACAGUGUGUGUCAGCCUGGGGAGCUUAACCCUCACAAAGGGGCUGUGAACUUUGACAAUAUUGGAUAUGCUUGGAUUGCUAUUUUCCAGGUUAUCACUUUGGAGGGAUGGGUAGACAUCAUGUAUUAUGUUAUGGAUGCCCAUUCAUUUUACAAUUUUAUAUAUUUUAUAUUGCUUAUUAUAGUUGGUUCUUUCUUCAUGAUCAAUUUGUGUCUGGUUGUGAUCGCAACCCAGUUCUCAGAAACUAAGCAGCGUGAGAACCAGUUGAUGCAGGAGCAGCGUGCGCGCUACAUGUCCAAUGACAGCACACUGGCCAGCUACUCUGAACCUGGCAGCUGUUAUGAGGAAAUGCUCAGGUACAUUAGCCACUUGUACCGCAAGGUGAAGCGCCGUGUAUUCCGGAUUUACCACAGCUGGCAGAGCAAACGCAAGAAGAAGGUCAACCCCAACAGCGGCGCCUUGCCAGGGGGUGGAGGGGCCAACGGGCAUGGCAGAAAGAAGACUGGUGGGCACUGGGCACGUUCUGUUCACAACCUUGUCCAGCACCACCAGCAUCACCACUGCCACCACAGCAAUGGCAGCCCAAGUCCUCAGGCCAUAGCAGAGAGCACUGAUGUUCUGGAGAUGAGGUUUAUCACAUCAGAAGUACAGCUGACAGUACCAGCACAAUCACCUGCUGGUUUGGAUCUUUCACCAGGACACCAAUCAGUACAUAGCAUUUUUCAAGGUGACUUUCACGAUGCUCCACAGAUUUGCACAGGCACCACAGCUGGUGUGAAUCCUCUGGGGAGACUUAAUGGGGGCAUGAACUAUCCUACUAUUUUGCCAUCCUUCAUCUGCAGCUACACAGGCAGCAACAUAACAGCCAAAGGUAGAAUCGGGGUGAACAACAGCACAACAGAUAUGAUGGAUUCAUUUGAGAAACUACAGCAUCUCACAGGAGAGCACAGUCACAGACGAUUGAUGCUGCAAAUGGCAGGCGUAGAACCAACUUCCCUGCUCUUUGAGGUUCUGGGGUGCCCAUACUGUGCCCAGGCUCUGGAAAACAUUGACCUAGACUUGGCUGACUCUGAUUGCUCCCACUCUGAAGGCGAUGUGGUGCAUGAGUUUUCCCACAGAGCAAGGUUUAGACUCGGACACUUGCAUCACCACAAGAGGCUCAAGGAUCGCAGCCGAUUGAUGCGAUACUGGGAGGAAUUCCGUGACAGGAUGAAACGCAUAGUGGAUAGCAAGUAUUUUAACCGUGGAAUUAUGAUUGCCAUCCUUAUCAACACGUUGAGCAUGGGGAUAGAGUACCAUGAGCAGCCUGAUGAACUGACAGAUGUUCUGGAGAUAAGCAAUAUUGUCUUCACCAGCAUGUUUGUCCUUGAGAUGAUUUUCAAGCUGAUAGCCUUUGGCCUUUUUGGCUAUAUCAAAAACCCAUAUAAUAUCUUUGAUGGGAUCAUUGUUGUCAUAAGUGUGUGGGAGAUUAUUGGGCAGGCCGAUGGGGGUCUUUCCGUACUCAGAACCUUUCGGCUUUUGCGUGUGCUCAAGCUGGUGCGCUUCCUACCGGCUCUGCGGAGACAGCUGGUGGUCCUGAUGAAGACAAUGGAUAAUGUGGCUACUUUCUGCAUGCUGCUCAUGCUUUUCAUCUUUACCUUCAGUAUCCUUGGAAUGCAUCUGUUUGGCUGCAAAUUCAGCCUGAAGUUGGAGAAUGGAGACACAAUCCCAGACAGGAAGAACUUUGACUCUCUGCUGUGGGCCAUCGUCACUGUGUUCCAGAUACUAACUCAGGAGGACUGGAAUGUGGUCCUCUAUAAUGGAAUGGCUUCCACCUCUCCACUGGCUGCACUUUACUUUGUGGCCCUGAUGAGCUUUGGGAAUUAUGUUCUAUUUAAUCUUCUGGUAGCCAUCUUGGUGGAGGGCUUUCAAGCAGAGGGAGAUGCCACCAAGUCUGAUGCAGAUGAGGAUAAGAGAUCAGUUAAUUUUGAAGAAGAAGAAAAGAUGGGAGAAUUGCGCGCUUCAGCAGAAUUGAAGAUGUACUCUCUAAUGAUGUCUGCAAAUGGGCAUGUUGACUCUCGUGGUAAUUUGCCUCCACCGAUCAUCAUGCGCACAGCCGCAACCCCUAUGCCCACACCAAAGGGCUCGCUUGGGACAGACUCUAUCUUCAGUUUAGAGGAAUCAAGGCGUGGCAGUGGGAUUUCCAUCGAUCCGAUUGCUUACGAUCAGAGAUCACUAGCCAGCCCACGCAAAUCACCCUGCCACCCAUGUAGUUCAAGCAGUAACUGGGGCAGCCGCAGAUCAAGCUGGAACGGCCUGAGUCGGGCACCAAGUCUAAAGAGGAAAGACACAUCUGGUGAAAGAGAAUCUCUGCUCUCUGGUGAGGGCAGAGGUAGCUUUGAGUAUGAGGAGACAGAGGGCAUCAUGUUAGGUAAAGUAGGAAGUGUAAGUGGUGGCUCUCUGCACCACCCCAGUUCUCUGGACUUCCCUGAGCUUCCCACACUUCCCAGCCUGUGCCCAUCAGGAGAGUAUCAUGACUGCAAUGGCGGGGUAUUACAUCUGUCUACAGAGCUACCGUCAGAGCUGAGCCGUGAGGACUCCAACACAGAGGAUGAUCUAGACGAUAGUUUCUGUUUUCGACUGAAGAGGAUUCUGGAUGCAUAUAAACCCAAGUGGUGUAAAAGUCAUGAGGACUGGUCCCUUUAUGUAUUCUCUCCACGGAACAAGUUUCGCAUGUUCUGUCAGAGGAUCAUCUCACACAGGAUGUUUGACUAUGUGGUCUUAGUCUUUAUCUUCCUUAACUGCAUCACUAUUGCUCUGGAGAGGCCACACAUUCAGGCCAAUAGCCCAGAGCGAGUGUUCCUCAGUAUUUCCAAUUAUGUAUUCACUGUGAUAUUUGUUGCUGAAAUGACUGUGAAGGUGGUGGCUCUUGGCUUCUAUUCUGGAAAGCAUAGUUAUCUGCAGAGCACUUGGAAUAUGUUGGAUGGAAUGUUGGUGUUUGUUUCACUCGUUGACAUCCUGGUGUCUCUGGCAUCCAGUGGUGGGAACAAGAUCUUUGGUAUUCUGAGGGUUCUGCGUCUGCUAAGGACACUGAGGCCUUUAAGAGUGAUCAGUCGAGCUCCUGGACUGAAGCUGGUGGUUGAGACAUUGAUAACAUCACUGAGGCCCAUUGGGAACAUAGUACUGAUCUGCUGCGCUUUCUUCAUUGUCUUUGGCAUUCUUGGAGUUCAGCUCUUCAAAGGCAAGUUUUACCACUGUGAAGGCUUGGACACAAGAAAUGUUACAAAUAAAUCAGAUUGCCUUCAAGCCAACUACAAAUGGAUUCGGAGAAAGUACAACUUCGAUAAUUUGGGACAGGCUCUUAUGUCGCUGUUUGUGCUAUCUUGUAAGGAUGGCUGGGUGAAUAUUAUGUAUGAUGGCCUGGAUGCUGUAGGUGUGGACCAACAGCCGGUACGUAACCACAACCCCUGGAUGCUGCUUUAUUUCAUCUCCUUCCUGCUGAUUGUGAGCUUCUUCGUGCUGAACAUGUUCGUGGGUGUGGUGGUGGAGAACUUCCACAAGUGUCGGCAGGACCAGGAAGAAGAGGAGGCGCGCCUGCGUGAGGAGAAGAGGCAGCGAAUGAUGGAGAAAAGGCGCAGGAAAGCACAGCAGCGGCCCUACUACGCAGAUUACUCACCAGCUCGACGCUACAUCCACACACUGUGCACUAACCACUACCUGGACCUCUUUAUCACCUUCAUCAUCUGCAUCAACGUGGUCACAAUGUCCAUAGAGCAUUACAACCAGCCCAUGUAUCUAGAGGAAGCAUUGAAGUACUGCAACUAUGUCUUCACCGUCUUCUUCAUCUUAGAGGCCCUUCUCAAACUCGUGGCUUUUGGGUUCAGAAGAUUCUUCAAAGACAGAUGGAACCAGCUAGAUCUGGCUAUUGUACUUCUCUCCAUUAUGGGCAUUACUCUGGAAGAGAUCAAGAUGAAUGCUGCCCUUCCCAUCAACCCCACUAUCAUCCGUAUCAUGAGGGUUUUGAGAAUAGCUAGAGUGUUGAAGCUUUUGAAGUUGGCUACAGGCAUGAGAGCAUUGCUGGACACUGUGAUGCAGGCUCUACCACAGGUUGGAAAUCUGGGCUUGCUGUUCAUGCUUCUCUUCUUCAUUUAUGCUGCACUUGGCGUAGAGCUCUUUGGAAAAUUGGAAUGCACUGACAAUACCCCAUGUGAGGGACUUAGUCGACAUGCCACAUUUGAGAACUUUGGAAUGGCCUUUCUUACACUCUUCAGAGUUUCGACUGGUGACAAUUGGAAUGGCAUAAUGAAGGACACUUUAAGGGAUUGCACACCUGGAGAUAAGAAUUGCCUGACCUACCUGCCCUUGGUAUCCCCCAUAUACUUUGUCACCUUUGUGCUGAUGGCCCAGUUUGUGCUGGUGAAUGUGGUGGUGGCUGUACUGAUGAAACACCUGGAAGAGAGCAAUAAGGAGGCCAAAGAGGAUGCUGAGAUGGAUGCAGAAAUUGAGAUGGAGAUGGAAAUGGCCCGGCGUCUCAGUAAUGUCUCCGCAAUGAGUUCUGGUGGACCAGAAGGCAGAGGCACCUAUAUGGGAACAAGGCCACAUUCACCUGGACAGGAUGAGCGAAUGCAGAGAACUCAAGAGAAUUUGCUAUCUCCACGAAAGAUGUCAGUGUCCAGAAUGCACUCUUUGCCUAAUGACAGUUACAUGUUUCGCCCAGUGAGGCCUGCCAGUGCACCAUACCCUCUGCAGGAAGUGGAGCCUACACAAACAUACCUCGAAUUAGGCUCGGUGACCUCGAUCCACUCACAGCCAUGUGAAGGUCAUUCCUUGCUCCAGGUCCCUUGUGGUAAUCCUCAGCCCCAUAUUAGUAUUUGCAUGCCUAGAAUUCCCACUCCAAAGUCAUCUCCCCUACAUGUUCCACGCAGACCUCAACGUAGACAGAUACAGGAAGUGAUCAAGAAUGACUCAAUGGAUGUGCACAUGAGUGACACCGAAGGUAACCUGGACAAAUACAUUAGAAAUCCGAGAGACACCAUAACCCUUCCAGUGCCACGGAUCUCUGCUCCCAGCAGCCCCUUGGUAUCUAAUUUCCUACCCCAUUAUUGCCACAUGCCCAGUGUUUGCACCCUCCAACAACCUUACCACCAGAGAUUUAUUCCUCCCCGACCACCUAGUCGGGCCAGCAGCAGCCACAGUGAUUCCAUGUUGGACUCAGCUGACCCAGCUGAUGAGGAGGUGCACCAUAUCAACAGCUCAGCCAGGUUAUGGGCAGGAGUCCCAGCAGAGGGGCGCUGCCACUCACUGUCUCCUUAUGUCACACCGUGGCCGUUGCCUGUGAAGAACUAUACCAGUGCCACCAACCUUACAAACUACAGCACUAAGGACAAGGAAUUUAAGUUCUUUAGUGUGGACACCAGGGGAUAUUUGGACAAGCCCUCUGUUUCUGAGGAUCAUAGGCGGCACUCUAUUGAGAUUUGCUCUGUGGACAACAAUGUAUUCGAGCAGGGAGUUGGUGAAAAGAGGCAUCUGCCUACACGAGGACAAUCACUGCACAUUCACAGAAAAAAGAAGAUGAGUCCUCCUUGUAUCUCUGUUGAAAUCCCGCUAGACACAGAGCUACCACCGUCACUCAUGUCUAUGAAAAAACUGUCUGAGAGCACGCUACUGCGGAGAAGGACACCAUCUUAUGAACUGGCCCUACAGCGUGACUCUCUAGACUUCCUGGAGCACCAACUCCCCAGUCAGCCUCUCAUCAAAGUGGAGAGGCAGCCCUCACACUGUGGCGAAUAUCUCUCUCUCCCACGCUUCCCCUUUUACCAGUCAGACUCCAGCUCCUGCACCCUGCGUGGAAGCAACCCAUCCACCCAGCCCCCUCGUUAUGACAGUGCACUGGAGGAGUCCACAGAUUUCAGCACAGUAAACAGGACUGCUCAAUGAAAAUGGCACAUGUGGCACAUGUUUGGGAUGUGGAGCAACAACCACUUAAUUCAAUAGCCAAAGCUUUUUGAGAUGUAUAUUAUUAUGUAAGCCAGCCAGGAAUGGCAACUUUGAUAUGAGUGUGAUCGGGCACGAUGGGAUAUGCAAUUUCAGGUUUCCAUUUGGAACUCUGGUUCUUAUCUUUUUCCCACUGCUCAAUCACAUUGAUUUGAGUUCAGGAUGUGUGAUGGGUUUUCCUUUGUUUUGUUUUUUUAUUCCUUUAAUCAUCUUGUCAUUAAUAUUGCUGUUUCUGUAAAAGAAUACACAGAUUAAAUAAAACAAAAAAAAAUAUUUAAAACACACACAAGAACUGUACAUGAUCUGUACUUUAUUAAAUCAUGUGUUGUAAAUUAAGAAAAUAUUGUAUUGGUGAAGAAAAUAGAUCUAUUCAUAUGCACAUAUUUUUAUAGAGAUCUAUAAUGUUUUUGCACAUAUCAAUUUGAAAUUCAAGUUGAAAUGUCUUUUGUUGUCCUCUUGUGAAUGUAAAUUUUUUUUAAUCGAAUAGCAGUGGGAACAAUUAUAGUCUAUUUACACCUACUGAUACUAAGAUGAUUUUUAUUUUUCUAUUGGGAAGCGGGGUAUGACAAGUAGAUCUAGCGACAACCAAACAUCAAAUGAUCUGUAGCCUGAGUGCAAUACACUGUAAAUGUUUAUGUAAGUUUACCCUGUUAGGUUGUUUGCAUUUUACACGUAACAUAGUAACGAGCAUCUCACGAACACGAUCUUGUACCAUAAUCAAAUUCAUCUCAAUGUCUUAAGCAAGAAUUCAUUCACACAUACAUUAUGUAAUUUAAUAAAGGCAUUUCAUGACCCUUAGCUGUGGCACAGGCAGUGUGCAUGUAAAGGACAAUAUAACUCAUUAGAGAUAUAUGGCAAACAUUGUCAUUUUCCCCAUGAUUUGCUAACAUUCAUAUGGAAGAGCCAGAGUGUUUUCUGAAAGGGUUUAUUUUAGCAUAUAUGGGAUCUGGUUUACCUUUCAGCUUUGAUAUGGUUCCGCGAGAUUUGUGUUCAGUAAAGAGACCUUCAUAUAAAUGAUAUGGGUGAUUUUACAGCUGUGGGCACUUUUAACCAGAAAUAUAGUGUUAUUUUAAAAAGUCCUGGUCUGGAAUAGCUGAUAGAUGACGGAGUCAGUGUAGCCCCUGGUUAUCUUUCACCUUCACCUUCAAUUUCACCUUCAGUGAAGACAGGGUCUUACUUUCUUGACAAGUUUUAUAACAGCCAUUGGCUAUUAUUUUUAUCCAAGGGCGCUGUUAAUAAAUAAAUUAGAGAUGUUACCAUAGUGCGUUUUCUUUUCCUGUGCUUAUACUAAACCCUUGAGACAUCAAACAAUGCUGAUACCAUCCCGGGUAUUUUUUUUUUUUUUUAAACUUAACUGAACUAACACAGGCCUUGUAGGUAUUAGCUUUGAUAUACUGUAAAAAAUACUAGUGUACAUAAAAAUGGAGGAAAUUUAAUAUUACAUUGUAAUAUGUAAUCUUGAUCAGGUAAUGUGAUAGAUUAUAUAGAAACAGCUUCCUUUAUUGUAGCAUUUUUACAUAGCUAUGAAAGCUGAACUGUCCCUAUAUUGGCAUUAUUAAUCUAAGACAGAUGCAGUUUUUGUGAGGUGUUAACAAGGAUAUUUUACUAGUACAAAUACUCUAUUCACUAGUUGUACUAAUAAAAAACAUCUGCUUUAAAAAUCAAUCUACAAUUGUGAUGCUGAAAAGCUGAACAUUGCAUUUCAAAUUUGUUUUUACAAACCAUGAAAAUAUACCUUUAACUGGUUAUGUUUAACAUAAAAUCACUCAUAACUCAGAUAUGCUCUCAACAAAGAUAUUUCAAUAAGAUGCAGAAGCAUUUUGAUUUAAAGGACAACCUUUACUGGCUAAUUUAUGCAUAAACUUAGAGGACUUAAAAGUGCCCAUUGUUCCAAAACACCCAUACAGACGUACCUAAGGUACACAUUUAUCUUAUUCAGUUUAAUUUGAAACAUUCAAUUCUGCUCAUUCUGACACUUAUAUAUAAUACAGUUUCAUAACAAUAUCAGAUUUGUAACAAUGCUUUUGACCACAUUUGUCAGUUUUCUCAAUUUUUGAAUCCUGAUUCGAUUCAGAAAGUGAAACUAUUGCAUGUUAUUUGAAAAAAUACAUGAAUGUUUUUGAGGUUUUUGAUAUUUGAGCUUUGAUUUGUAGAAUAUCUACCUGCACUGGACUGCAUUGGGCUGUCUGGGUUUUCCUCUUUGUAGAUCAACCUAUUCAUUGUCUAAUGCAAUAUUUUAUCUGUAUGUUUGCGAUCAUAGCUCAAGCUACUUAGGUGUAAGCAAAAAUCAUGGCUGGUAAAAUAAGUUAAUGGCAUACUUAAAUACUGGACAAUUUAACGUUCAGUCAAUUUGCAUUGCUCUGAAAAAGGUAUAGUUUCUUUUUUUUUUACCAGCACAUGUCUUUUAAAAAAAUAAACAAGAAAAGAAAAAACAAGUUUUUAAAGUUUUUAAAUUAAAGAAGAACAAACUAAUGAUAUACAUGACAAAAAGGAUUUGGUGUGUACAUGCUUAAAUUAUUUGAAUCAAUUUUGUGAAACUGCAGCUUUCACAGUCAAGCAACCUAAUAUCCUUAAAUAAUUAAUCUAAGCAUUCUCUUCAUUCUUUGGUGGAAGGAAGCUGAGUCUUUUCUUCUUUUUAUUUCUUAAAGCAAAUUGUUUGCAAUAAUUUUGUCUUGAGUUCUUUGAUAUGGCUCAGAUGUAAUGCAAGGGAGAUAUUUAAAUGGCUAUAAAAAUUUCUACACUGUAUUAUAACUUUUUAUUGUGCAAUGAUCUGAGCAGUUCUCUCUGUCAUCUAAAGAUAAACAUUUUUAUCAAGGAAAA